UAAACAUGUAUGAGCGACGACAAAAUGUUAUGCUAGUGUGUGUCAGUAGGACGUAAAUAGCUGAGUAUAAUUCGAGCCAGUAGAAGAUAGAUGGUAAACAGUCACCAACACUACUUCCUGAGUUUAGGGAAGGGGCUUGGUCCCGUGCCUGCGCCCCGCGAACGCGCAUCAAAUUAGCAUCGAUGAAGUUUGUGCGAACAUGGCGGAUUUCCUGCCGACCAGGUCCGUGUUAAAAGUUUGUCUACCCGUCUGCCUGCUCAACAGCGGCGAGGGGGAACAGAUUAGAAAGUCCAAAGAGAUCGACAGAUGUCUCUCCCGGGAGAAAACGUACGUGAAACGGCUGGUGAAGAUCCUGCUGUUAGGCGCUGGCGAGAGCGGCAAGUCGACUUUCCUCAAACAAAUGCGGAUCAUCCACGGCCAGGACUUCGACCAGCAAGCAAGAGAGGACUUCAGAGCCACUAUUUACAGCAACGUUAUCAAAGGUAUACGUGUGUUGGUGGAUGCCCGGGAGAAGCUGCACAUCCCGUGGGGCGACCAGGACAACCAACAGCAUGGGGACAAACUUAUGGCAUUCGACACCCGGUCAGCAAAGAUGGCAAGCGGCCAGCUGGAAACGUCUGUCUUCUUGCAGUACAUGCCCUCUAUCAAAGCGCUGUGGGAGGAUUCGGGCAUACAGAACGCUUACGAUCGACGCAGGGAAUUUCAGCUGGGCGAGUCAGUGAAGUAUUUCUUGGAUAAUCUGGAUAAGCUUGGCGAGCCGAAUUAUCUCCCCAGCCAACAGGACAUCCUGCUGGCCCGUAAACCCACCAAGGGCAUCCAUGAAUAUGACUUUGAGAUUAAGAAGGUACCAUUUAAGAUGGUGGAUGUUGGAGGGCAGCGGUCAGAGAGGAGGCGCUGGUUCGAGUGUUUCGACUCGGUCACUUCCAUCCUCUUCCUCGUCUCCUCCUCCGAAUACGACCAGGUGUUGAUGGAGGACAGGCAAACCAACCGACUCCGUGAAUCACUCAACAUUUUCGAGACCAUUGUGAACAACCGUGUCUUUGUCAACGUCUCCAUCAUCCUCUUCCUCAACAAGACGGACCUGCUGGAGGAGAAGGUGAAGAGUGUUCCACUUAAAGACUACUUUCCCGAAUACACCGGGCCUGAGCACAGCCUGCCAGAAAUCCAGGCGUUCAUGGUGGAGUGCUUCCGGACCAAGAGACGCGACGCCACCCAGAAGCCGCUGUACCACCACUUCACCACGGCGAUCAACACGGAGAACAUCAGGCUGGUGUUCCGGGACGUCAGGGACACCAUCCUCCACGACAACCUCAAACAGCUCAUGCUCCAAUGACCCCUGUCAUCCUGUGAAAGUAGAGGACCUGAACGGGGACAAACCACCCCUUGCUCCUAAAGAGGACUUGGGACAGGCCAGCCUCAGAAGAAUCUGAUAGCACAUUCUUCUUCAGCCGUUUUUAUAUUAGUUUUUACUCACCUCUUUUGAAGAGUCAAAGCUCCUUGUUAGCCCAGGGUAAGGUAGGAGAAAGGAGUCCGUAGGGCAGACUGUUUGUGGUAAUUAUGACGGGACCAGCUUGGAUGUCGGAUGCAACCUGAUCCCUGCUGCCUCCUCUGGAGACUCUCUUCUGGCCUGAGCACUGCCUUACAGCACAAGACUCACUGGAGCUUUUCAACUUACAAGGUGCUGGUGCUGGCAUCUCUCAGCCGUGGAAACAAGCAAAACAUUUUACAAACCAGGCAUGUGGUUGUUUCACUAGAUACACGACCAAGAAAAAAAAAAGACAUAGAACAAGAGCAACCAGGGUGAAUUUAGUAUGUAAUCAAAAGUCAAAACAUCAUGUAGGGGAAUAAGACAAGACUAGACAUCAAUUGAAAACUAAGAUCACCUGAAGGCAUUUUGUUGAUCGUCUUAAACGUCCAACUUUCAGAGCUUUUUGCCAGUUUGUGUCUAGUCCCUGCAAUCACCAAAUCAAAAUCCACUCCAUUAUUUUUGUUGCACUAACCUGUGCUGCAUUGUUGGGGCUUCAUCAACCUGUUCUGUCUUUGGUUUUACUGUAUUACAGCACUGUUCCUCCUUGAUUCUUGGCUUAAAGUGCCAGCACGGAGCCAACGAGGACUAACCGACUCACUGAUGGCUGGAGUCGCUGUUUAAUACAAGUUGUGGUAAUUGGCUCCAGCACCGGCACCUUGUUUGUGGAAAAUGUUAGAAAAGGGCAACUACUCCAUUAUUACAUUUAUAGACAUCAUCACUGUUAACUCCACUGUCUGCGCUGAUAUCUGUUGCCCCUUUUCCCACUAACGCCAUUUGAGGGUUGGUUCGGAGCAGGUGUCUGAUCUUCAACCAGUUCUUUGCAUUUUGACAGCCAAGGAAGUGACUACCAAUAAGGUCAACAAGGUCCAGACCAGUAAAAACACUGUGCUGGUCUAGAACAAAGAACCAUGUACAUCAGGGACUUGGGGAGGAUGGUGUCAUAACCAGUAAGGUCAUCUAAGACUUUGUAAUGGCAAUAGAAAAAACAAAAACAGAGCUGGUAUAGUGCCUAGUCUGCCUAAUCCAAAGAAAAACCAGAGCCUCGCCGUCCAUAGCUGGCAAAACAAGCAGCAUAAUGUCCUCCAUUUUCACACUAGCACUGCUGGGAAAGCAGAGACAUAAACCCUGACAGAAUGACUCCCUAGCUCUUGGAGAAGUAAACCGGUUCUUAGGUUUAGAAGUUGAACCAACUGCAAACCAGAACUUGUGCUAGGCUCAUGUUGGUGGAAAAGGGGUAUGUGUGCUGAAUGUCAAAUCCAGUUUCUUUAAGGUUUCACAAAGCAUUUCUAUAAUGGGUUUUAUUAAAUCUAUAAUUUGCCCUUGGUUAUUUCUGUUGUUCAGAGGGCAGAUUACAUUCCUUGACACAUUAGGUAGGUGUGCCAAAAGUGAGUAUGCAGUCUACUUUUUUUUUCUCAGGGUUGAAUCAAAACCGGCAUUUAUUGUGAUGACUUUGUUGGUGAACAAAGUAAUGUAAGCAGAGCUGUGAGCCUCAGCCAGGCCUCAGUACAGUUAGAUGGGCAUUGACUGGUACUGUAUCCCCCUGGCAUUGACCCCUAAAUGUUGCCUGACCUUUCUCGAUUUCCAUGUCUCUGAUUUUAGAUGCCUUGUAAAGGGACAGACCUCCCCCUGUUUGCCUGAAUGAUGAAUGUCUGUUAAUAAAUGUACAGAGACUUGCCCUACAUGUGCAGAUUGUCUGAAAAUACUGUAUCCAGCAUAGCUGUGGUGAGAUGUAACCCAUGAUGUGAGAAUAUCUGUGUUGGCACUGAGUUGCGACUCCAGGCGUUAUUGAAAACCCCUUUUGUGCUGUUUGGGAUUUCCCUUUAAAAGUUAUUUUGAAUUUGCAGAAAAAAAUGUAGAAACAAAAGCUGCUGGCAAUGAAUACCUUUGUCUUCCACUGUAUUCUGUAGUGGGCUGAUCUUUGUUAGAGGACAACUUCCAGGCACUGUUAUAAUCUGUGUUUCUCUGCCAAAUCACACCAAGCUUUCAUGAGACUGUUCAUAUCAGCAGUCUCAGUUUUUCUCCAAAAUAAAGCUCUUGUGAGCUGCUGUUGGCUUCCACUCCUGGCUUUGUACAUACUGUAAUCUGUUGCAAUGUAAAUAAUAUUCAGGUUUAUCUCCUUAUAUGUAAAUGGUUGUAGAAUGGCAUAUUUUUUUCCGUUCGUGUUUCAAAUCACUGCUUUUUCCAAUGAAAAUAAUCUGUGCUUAGAUUUAUUUUUAUGUAAUUUUUUUUUUCAUCACCUUUUGAAAUUAUUCCUGUGUCAAGACUCAUGCCACUCUAACCCUAUCAAUAAAAUACACUUUUCUAAUGAAUGAA